AUGCCGUUGCUGAACUUACCAAUUUUUGUUCAAUCAGUUUCAAUAUGGCGCCCUCGGAGGAAGGUUCUGGCACCGAUCUUCGCACUAAGGAAUCUUAACAUGUUCAUCAACGUUUUCUCAGAACAAAGUAACACCAUGGUAGAUAGAUUAUCUGCGGCGUCCGACAAAGGAACCUUCUCGAUCUGGAAGUAUAUGGUAGCGUACACAAUGGAUUCCAUUUGUCAAACGACUAUCGGUAUAAAAUUGGGUAUUCAGAUGCAGAAGAAUCAAGCAUUCCCGAAUAAUUUCGAAAAAUUUUCUGAACUGAUAAUGAUGCGCACACUUAUGCCGUGGCUCCAUAGCGAUUUCAUAUACCAAUUCACACCUUACUACAAGCAAAUCACUAAUAGCAUUACCUACAUGACCAAUUUCGUUAUUAUAAAAGAAAAACGUCACGCGUUAAAAGAAGACGCCGCAAAUAAAAAUAAAGUCAAGAAUCAAAAUAGUGAUAUUGGCAAACCAGCGACAAAAACCUCCUUAGAAUUGCUAAUCGAAUACUCGGGAGGUGACAAGGGUUAUACGAAUUUAGAGCUCCAAGAGGAAAUGAUGGUAAUGAUUUUGGCAGGCACCGACACAUCCGCGGUUGCAUCAUCAUUUGUUAUGCUUAUGUUGUCCAAACACCAAGACAUACAAGAGAAAUUAUAUCAGGAACUAAUAGAAAUACUUGAUGAUAAAGAAAAUAUCACAGCAGAGGAUUUAUCACACCUUAGGUACCUGGAUGUUGUGAUCAAAGAAACUCUUAGACUAUAUCCACCUGUGCCGAUCAUAGUAAGGACUACUAAAAAUGAUUUCAUUUUGCCAUCAGGUAGGAAAAUUGUGAAAGGCACGGGAGUGGUCAUCCACAUAUGGGGGACGCACAGAAACCCUAAGUAUUGGGGACCUGACGCUGAAGUAUUCAGACCUGAGAGGUUCAUCGACCUUGAACUGGAUCAUCCUACAGCAUACAUGCCAUUCAGCCAAGGGCCUAGGAACUGUCUUGGUUACCAAUAUGCUAUGAUGUCUAUAAAAACAGUAAUUGCAUCACUAGUAAGACGUUACAAGAUUCUGCCUGCAGAAUACAUAAUUGAAGAUGGCGAGAAACCUUUAAGGGUCAAAUAUGAGAUUAUGUUGAAGCAUGUAGACAAUUUUCAACUGCAACUUAUUCACAGAAAAUGA